AUGAUGCAUCGGCAGCAGAGCACCCAGUCAUCAUCCAACGACGAAUUCGCGAUGUAUCCAUCGGCCGCCUAUCAUUCCUCGUGUUCGACGCUACUCACGUCGACGUCGUCGUCGUCGAGGUCGUCGUCCGCGAGGUCGUCGUGUCCGUUACUGAUGUCCGUCCUCACGUGGUCGCUGACGUUACUGUUGAUCUCGUCCUGCAUCGGCCUGGGCGCGGACGCCGCCAGCCUUAGCGGCCAUCCUCUGGGCAAAAGGUCGUUCUUCGACAUCCAGUGUAAGGGCGUGUACGACAAGAGCAUCUUCGCCCGUCUGGACCGCAUCUGCGAAGACUGCUACAACCUCUUCCGGGAACCGCAAUUGCACAUGCUUUGCAAGAAGGAAUGUUUCACCACGGACUACUUCAAAGGAUGCUUAGACGUUCUGCUGCUAACGGACGAGGUCGGAAAGAUCCAAAUGUGGAUCAAGCAACUCCACGGAGCUGAUCCUGGGGUUUAG